UGGUUUAAAUAAGGAUGUAAGGAAAUGAACCGUAUCUUUAAAAACAGAUCAUACUUCUUCAGUUGAGCUGGUAUUUUCUGACCAGUUCUGCAUGGCUGUCACUUUUACCCUCCAGACAUUUGGGCGCGGUCUGACCUGAUGGAAUACUACAAAAGAAGCCCUAAACGUGAAUAACCGAACAGCAUGAUUGCCAUUUGCCAACAGUGUGAGAUUAUUUAGGCGAAAUCCUCAGUCACGUGAAUGAUUACUAGGUCUAAUAAAGAAGAACUAAAAUAUUUGUGUUCAAAUAUAGGGUGUACUAAAACAUGCUCCAUCAAAGUCGUUAGACGCCUACUACUGAAAGUUUUUGGAUCAUAAGUUGAAAUUCUCUGUGCAAACAAUGUCAGGUUCAUUAAUAUUAAGCACAUCUUAUAUUUGUUCGGUCACCUUCUAUUCUCAAAAAAAUCUAGCUUUGGAAGCAAUAUUUUUUCCUUGUACAUUUAAGGUGCAAAGCUCGUUUUUCUAGGUCGCGAUACGGUUGUUCCCAAAAUGAAGUUCUUCGCUACGAAAGCUCCAAAUGAGGAAGUUUCACUGACCAAUAGGGUGUUUUUUAAUCCGAAGGAUUUUAAUGAAAAGCUUGGUUGCGUAGCCAUACACACUGCGGCUGAUAAAUAUGUAUUUCGUGCGGGCUCACACGAUCAUGUCCCUCAAGGAAAGGUUGCGUUUGGUUUGGCUCAGCGUAAAUGGGGCAAUAUUUCAGUAGAUGAACCGUUAGAUGUUCAACCAUACACAUUUAAUUUGGCUCGUGAAUGUCUAGGUUCUGCAGUUUUGGCUGUGGAUUUUAAUAAUAAAAAAAUGUCGAUCAAUGAGCCAUUAGAUUCAGAUCGAAUGGCUUUAGAAUUCAGCAUGCAAUUUGCAGAUACACCAUUGACCGUCGGUCAGCAUAUCCUUUAUCGGUUUAACAAAAUGACAUUCCUUGUUGAGGUUAAGAAAUUGUCAGCUUUGUCAAUGGAUGGUGGUGUUGACAAUAGUAAAAUUGGCAUGUUAACUGGGAAUACAGUAAUUCGUUGGAUGCCUCAAUCAGAUUCUAAAUUAUUAUUAAUUGGUAAAGCUGCAUUGGAUGACGAUGGAGCUAGUUCUAUUGGAGGGGGUGGUGGCUAUCAUAGUAUCAUCAAUCCAAAUUGGGAUUUUAAUCAAAUGGGUAUCGGUGGAUUGGAUAAAGAAUUUUCAGCUAUAUUCCGACGAACAUUUGCAUCACGAAUGUUUCCUCCGGCAGUUGCAAAACAAUUAGGUUUAAAACAUGUCCGUGGUAUUCUGCUAUAUGGUCCACCUGGUACUGGUAAAACACUAAUGGCACGACAAAUUGGUAAAAUGCUUAAUGCACGUGAACCUAAAAUUGUCAAUGGUCCAAGUAUAUUAGAUAAAUAUGUCGGUGAAUCUGAAGCAAAUAUCCGUAAAUUAUUCGCUGAUGCUGAAGAAGAAGAAAAACGCAUGGGUGCAAAAUCUGCAUUGCAUAUUAUUAUAUUUGAUGAAAUUGAUGCCAUUUGUAAAUCACGUGGAUCUACACUCGACAAUCAUCCAAUGCGAUCGGUGACGAAUACUAUCAAUCUGUACAGAACGCCUUCAAAUAAAUUACGGGUUAUUUAUUUCUCUCCGUAAGAGUUUUAGUGUUCAAUCAAGCAUCUUAUGGUGGUUGCUUGUUAAAUGAAUAUAUGUAUGUGAUAUUUUUUCCUCUGGUUCAGGGUGGAGGUGCUGGUGUACAUGACACUGUAGUCAACCAACUACUAACUAACAUGGAUGGAGUAAAUCAGUUAAAUAAUAUACUUGUCAUUGGAAUGACUAAUCGACGAGAUAUGAUUGAUGAAGCACUUUUAAGACCUGGACGUUUUGAAAUGCAAAUGGAAAUCUCUUUACCAGAUGAAGAUGGUCGAUUGCAAAUCUUAAAUAUACAUACAUCAAAAAUGCAACAGGCCGGUAAAUUGGCACGUGAUGUUGAUUUAAAAGAAUUAGCGGCUAAAACAAAAAAUUUCAGUGGUGCUGAAAUUGAAGGCUUAUGCCGCGCUGCAGCAUUCACCUCAAUGUAUCAAUUAAUAAGUCCAUCCGGGAAAACUCAAUUGGAUCCUGAUGCAUUUGACCGGUUGUUAGUAAAACGUUCUGAUUUUCUAUAUGCAUUGGAACAUGAUGUUAAACCGGCUUUUGGUGCUUCUGAAGAAGAACUCAGCUGUUAUGCUCCUCGUGGUAUUAUGAUGUGGGGCGAGUCUGUAUCACAUGCAUUAGAUAUGGGUCGACUAGCUGUGUCUGCAGUAAAAGAACCAGAUGUUGAAACGUACAGACCGUUAACUUUGUUAUUAGAAGGUCCACCGAAAGCUGGUAAAACAGCUCUAGCUGUUGAGAUUGCACGAUUAUCUGGAUUCCCAUUCGUCAAAAUUGUUACGUCACAUAAAAUGAUUGGAUUCACUGAAAUGGCUAAAUGCGCUGCAAUGAAAAAGGUAAGUAAACAGCCUUGGUAAUAAUCAUUUGUAAUGCUUUUGUUUAUCUGUUUAUCAGAAGGUCGAGUUUUGUAUUUGAACUACAUAGAUCUUUCUUUGAGAGGGCGAACCUAUCAGACAUCAUCUAAAAAUUAAGCCUAUUACACAAUUAGGCGAUGAAUGUGGAGAUCACUGUUCUGCUUAUUGUUAUCAUUUUAAGUCAAACGAAAUAGACUAUUCAUAAAACUACAAUUCAUAAAUGACACCAUUGAAGAAACCUUGACUCAGAAACUAAGAAGAGCCGUACAAAAAACGUUUAAUGCUGCCAGAUUAAAUGCAAUCUUCUACAACUAUCCUAAGAUAAGAACAGCCAACAAAGACAGACUGCCUGAAUUCGCCAAAUCUAUGUGUAUCUAUCGUUUCAACUGCUCCUGUGGAGGCAGUUACAUUGGGCGUACAAUUCGGCAAGUCCGUCAUCUCAUUACUGAACAUCAUCCGUCGUGGUUAAACAAAGGACAGGUAAAAGUGAUUAAAAGUUCUAUUCUCUCUCACUUGGUUGACACAGGUCAUCAAGUCGAAUUGAAUAAAGCUUUUAAGGUUAUCUACAAUAUCCCAUCUAAUUUGCCACAUGGUUUACGAGUGCACCUCUUGCACAUUGCGGAAGCCAUCGCAAUCCAUGUUCACAAACCUGACCUUUGCAUUCAAAAGAGAUUUGUACAACCACUUUCUUUGCCCUGGCCAUCAGUAUAAGAUUUCUUUCAAAAGAACUAUUUUUCAUACUUCUUCCUUUUUUUUUUGAACUUUUGUAAUUUUAUUUCUGUUGCUUUUGAACUUAAUAACUUCUCAACAUUCAUCUCUUGAUUUUUACGUAACUACCAUCCUAUUGACCAUCCGUUAAAAUUCUGUUCCUUCUUUGUUUCUUACAUUACGCAACUUAGCAACUUCUUGAUCACUUUGAAUAUUAAUAAUC